AUGUCAUCCUGCGUACCCUCUCAGCCUUUAACAUUGUCUGGUAAGGUUGCCAUCGUCACAGGAGGCUCGCGAGGUAUAGGAGCUGCCAUCGCCUUGGAGCUCGCUAAACGUGGAGCAAAGGUAGCCAUAACCUUCGUGUCUCCCAGUAGUGUAGCGUUGGCAGACAAAGUAGUCUCCACUAUCAACAAUCUCGGAAACGGAGCGUCGGCCAUUAAAAUUCAGGCGGACAUGCGCAGCAUUGAUUCACCAGACCAGAUCAUACGUCAAAGCACUGCUGCCUUUGGAGAGUCAAUCGAUAUUCUGGUUAACAAUGCCGGCAUGGAAUUUGCCAAGCCUCUUGGAAGUAUCGGCGUCGAGGAGUACACCGAAGUUUGGGACGUCAAUGUUCGCAGUGUGGUUUUUAUGACGCAGGCUGUGCUUCCCUAUCUACGAGCUCCAGGCCGCAUCAUCAAUAUCGGAUCAUUAAUGGGCCGUAUCGGUCACCCCGGACACAGCAUCUAUUCAGCGACUAAGGUGGCAUUGGAAGGUCUCUGUCGUGGCUGGGCGUCAGAGCUGGGUCCUGCAUCCCAUACAGUCAAUGUGGUUGCUCCUGCUCUUACCAUGACUGACAUGAUGGGUCGUGUUACGGCUUCGCCAGAAUCGCAGCAAGCCGUCCAAAUGCAAAAGAUGAUGACGCCUCUUGAGCACAGACUUGGAGAACCUGAGGACAUUGCUCUUGCUGUGGCAAUGCUGGCUGAGCCCUCAAGCAGAUGGAUCACCGGCCAGACUAUCCAGGCUGGUGGUGGAAUCUACAUGUCCUGA